UUGGACAGUCGGUGUAUCUAUCGAUAGCUCCGCUCCUCUAUCCUCGGCUCUCUGGUCCGAAUUUCCUAAAUUUCUCUCACUACUGUGUGCUUCGUUUUCUAUAGAGAGAAGGAAGGCGUUCAGCUGAGAGCUUUUUUUUUUUUUUUUUUGGAAAAAUGAAUUGAAAUUUUGAGCUUAAAAGCCAAAAGAAAUAAACAUAUUAUACCAAAACUUUAGCAAUUUUUUGGCUUCUUUUUUUGACAAGUCCAUUAAGAAAACGGCACGCCGUUUACUUCAUUGUUCGUCUCUCCUCCUCUUUGUGUCAAAGAACCCUAAAUUCUCGCUUCCUCAAAUCACACACACUGUCAAGUUUGGUAAGCACUUUUGGUGCUUCUGCUUGGGGGCCUUCUGGUUCUUUGGUAAUUGUACUUCUUUCAACUGGAAGUGAGAUGACAAUUUGAGGUGUCAUUUGGAGUGGUCUGACUAAAUAUCGAUCAUAUGUAUGGAUAGAACUACUUUUUACCCAAAAAAUUAGGUGAAAAGAUUUUUUUUUUUAAUGCCUGGUGACGAACUUGAAGAGGGGAUCUGCAAUCUAUAUGACCUAGACAACUCUUCUCAGUGGCAACUAUCUCAAGCUGUUGGCGGCAAUUGGCCAUUAGUUGAUUUCAAUCAGUGGGUUGGAAAGCCAACACAGAUUGGGGCACCACAGAAUUUCAACCUGAAAAACUACAACUUACGGCAAUUUGAUUCUGUGACAGGAAAUCAUGUUGAGUCUCUAUGUGUGGCAUUUGAUCAAAACUAUAUGCAACUAACUCCAACACUAGGGCAUUCUAAGAGUCUCACCAUUAACAAUCCACUGAAUACAAAUGAAUUUUUGCAUGGAUGCCAGAACUUCAUGUCAAAUCAGAACCAGCCAGGAAUUUUCAGUGAAAGCACCUGUUAUGACCAGCGAACUUUGACUUCAAGAGGCUUUCCUAUCUUUAAAUCACAACCAGAAAAUGAGUGUGCAGACAGUCCCACCUUGACAACAAACUCUGAAAGGUCAGAGAUUACUGAAGCUUCUAGUGAUUUCAACUUUCUUAGAGGGCAGCAUCAAUUUGUGAGGGACCUGCAGCUGAGUGCUCCACAGCCUCAACCAAUGCAUCAGCCUGGUUUUAAUGACAUGCAAUUGUUGCAGCAGCACAUGAUGUUCAAGCAGCUGCAAGAAUUUCAGAGACAGCAGCAGCUUCAGCAACUAGGUGAUUUGAGGCAACAGAGCUCCUUAACCCAGUUUUCUGCUAUUUCUAGACAGGAAGCUGGGGGUCAGUUUUCACCUCUCAUCAGUGGAACACCUGUUCAUGAUGCGCCACAAAUGCUUAAGAAUUGGAUGCAGCGAGGCGCAUCUCCUGCUGCUCAAGGAGUGUCUAAUAAAGUUGUAUUCUCCCAAGAGCAAGGUCAGGCUUUAAGUUCUGCUGGUUUUGCUCCUCAGCAGCUUGAUGUCUCUUUAUAUGGUACUCCUAUUUCUAAAAACAUGAGUCAAUAUCCUCAUCUCCAAGGAUCAUCUCAUGAUUCUGUCAAUUUGUUGGCCAAAGCUACUGUUCAAGUACAAAAGUCAAUAAUGCAGUCUGCUGAGUUUGGCAAUCCCUUUGCAGGAGAUCAUUCUUCCAGUUCUCUAGAUCUGGUGGGCUUAUCCCAAGGGGCUUUGAUAUCUAAGCAGGAACUUCCGAUGAAAAAUAAUUUUGGACAAGUUCCUGUUCAGGGUUUAAAUAGUGGAGUUUUUCCAGGAAAUCUUCUGGAGGGUAAUACUCCACAGGGCAAUACAUCUGUGAAGGAAUUGGAUGGGAAACAAGAUCAAGCUGGUUGGCCUGCAAUGCAGCAAACAAAACAACUCGGUACUUCUCAGGGUUUGGUUCCUCUAGAUCCCAUGGAAGCCAAGAUUUUGUACAAUAUGGAUGACAACAUUUGGGAUACUUUUGGAAGCCGCCCCGAGAAAGGUUCUGGAGGCUUUGGCAACAGAUUGGAACAUCCAGACUCAUCUUAUGCAUUUCCUUCAAUUCAGAGUGGGAGCUGGAGUGCACUUAUGCAGUCUGCUGUGGCAGAGGCUUCUAGCAGUGAUACUGGCGUGCAGGAGGAGUGGAGUAGCUUGACUUUUCAAAACACAGAGCACUCAACUGAUAACCAAAUUUCAAACUUCGUGGACAGUGAGAAGCAACAGACUGGCUGGAUUGAUAACAACUUGCAGAGUACCUCCUCCUUCAGUUCAAAACCUUUUCCUACAAUUUCUGAUUCUGGCAUGAGCUCUAGCUUCCCUGGCUUUCAACAACCAGGAAUCCAAUUAUCAGUUGAACAGAAAGAGGAUAUUUGCCGGGAUGGCUCUCAUGAGUCGAUUGAGAAUUACAACCCUCAACAGAAGACAUCAAUUGACGAAAAGGUUCAAACAUUUAUGCAUUCAGAUAAUGCAUGGAGUGGACAAAUGUUUGAUCACUCACAAAGUGCUGCACAGCAUCAGAAAGUAUCCUUGAGUGAUAUAUCUAUGCCCAAAGGCAGUGAGAGCAUGGUAAAAAGUCAACAUCAGAUGAGUAAUGGCCCUCAUGUUGCACUUAACUCUUGUGUUGGAGUCAAUGAAACAGACAAAAAGAAGCAGACUUGCCACCAAAGAGAAAAUUCUAAUGACUACUCAAGAGUCUCGGGUGGUCAUGGACAAGGACAUCUUGAGCAGUUAAAGUUUUUUGGUAAUAUUUCCAGCAGCUUAAUGAAUGUAGAUAAGGCAUUCUUACCUGAUUUUCAAGGAAAUUCAAGUGUAUCAGAGGAGUUACCUUCUGGAGUUGAUCAUGGAUCUAAUGCAUCUACUGCCUUCAAUAGAUCAGUUCUCCCCGACGUUUCAAAUGUUUCUGCUCAGACAAGUGAACAUAUGCUUGAGCUGUUUCACAAGGUUGACCAAUCAAAGGAUGAUAGCUCCACAAAACAAUUUGGCUCCGCUAAUGGCAGUCCUUUGACUGAAAUGCCUGGAGCAGAUUCCCAUGAUACAUCUGUUUCUCAAAUUUACGCUCAGUCUUCUGCUUCCCCAGCUUUUGGUUUGAGGUUGGCCCCUCCAUCUCAAAGGUUGGCCAAUUCAAACAGUUUUCUCUUUCCUCCAGGUUUACCACAGACUAUAAACAAUCUGAGUCCUAGGCAAGUUAAUCCUGGACUGGAAGAGAAAAAUCAGGCUUGGUUAACUCCUCCAUUUCAGUCCUCACCUCCUUCACAUGAGCUGGCUCAAAGAACACAACGGGAAAACAAAUCAGGUACUCUGGGUCAUAAAAGCUUCUCUCCGUAUGUGAAUAUGCUGGGAAACUCUGUUGCAUCAUUUUCACUGAGUCCUACACAAAUAAGAAACCAACUUCAAAUGCGUCCCUUGUCCAGUGUACCUGUAUCAUCACAAUCGUUGCAGGCAACCUUACCUGGUGCAACUGGCAGAUUCCCACCUUUUAACCAAGCCCCUUCUCAAGAUGCUUCGCAACAGAUGCAAACCAAUCCUGUUUGUCAACAAUUUCCAGUUUUGGAGGCUGCCCCAGUAUCACAGCCAUCAGUAAUGUCACAACAGAUUGAAAAUUCAGCAAGGCCAUACAAUGUAUGGAGAAAUGUACCAAGUCAGCGACAACCAUUUGGUAUGGAACCUCUUAAGUUCUCCAAUUUCCCUUGCUCCAUGGAUUCAACAAAUAAUAAUACGAUAAUCACUUCAUGGGCUCCACAUGGAUCAAAUGAUCAAAAUUCCAUAAAAGGUGGAUAUAAGUCAUCAGAUAUUGGUGCUUCUUCUAAUUCACAAGGCUUUGACCAUGGGGAAGAGCAUCUGGGAAAAGAGAUGUUGCAACAGCGAAUGUCAUAUAAGAUGCUUGAUACUUCUCAUAAAGGUGGUGUAUCUCAAGGGCCGGAGACUGUUUCUGAUGCAACUGCUCUCACGUUUGGCGCAUUGGUGUCUCACGCUCAGCAGCAGGACCUUGAUAAAGUAAGGCAUAGCAACGACCUUGCUCAAGUUUCUUCUAAAAGAAAUAUUGAAUCCUUAAGCCAUUCACAUAAUGACCUCCGCAAUUACUCUCUUUUGCACCAAGUGCAGGCGAUGAAUAGUGGUGCAGACAGUGCUUUGGAUGUUCAACGUGCUGCUGCUUUGGGGGGACAGCAUUUACAUGAUAUCAUUUCAAGGUUCAGACACCCUGUGGAUGGUAAAUCAAAUUCAACAUCACAAAUCAGAUCAUUUCCAUCUGGUGAUAACCAAGUGCUUGGCUUCUUGGGAGAUGCAAGAGAUGGUCCAACUGUAAAAGCUCCGCAGCAGCCUGCCCUUGAAUCUAGAAAUUCUGGGGAAAUGGUCACAUUUGGUUAUAAUAACACUCAUACUCAAUCUAGCAGCAGCAAUGUGCCAUCUAAUCAUACAGAUCAUGGCCAUGUUAAUCUGCAUAUGGAACCCUCCUGUUUUAAGCAAUAUGAAGCUCUUAGAAAUGGACAGGUGGUGCCAAUGCUUGAUGCUAGACUUGCAAAAGCUGUAGCCUCACAGUUCUCUCUUGGAAAGCCUUCUCAAAAUAUUCUUAGCUCUUUGGAGCAGUUAGAUGCUGCUGAUGCUGGUCAGGGUGGCAGGGUUUGGCCAAGUAGUCAACAGUUGUCAUCCCCAUAUAUGUUACCUUCAGAAGUCACCAAUCAAGUGGCUAUUAUGAGAACAAAGAAGCGAAAAGUCACAACAUCUGAGCUUCUACCGUGGCAUAAAGAGGUGACUCGAGAUUCCAAAAGGCUUCAAAAUAUCAGUGUGGCAGAACAAGACUGGGCACAAGCCACAAACCGGCUGACUGAGAAGGUAGAAGAUGAGGUUGAAAUGAUUGAUGAUUUGCAGCCAAUGCAACGAUCAAAGAGAAGGCUUAUGUUAACAACACAGCUUCUACAGCAGUUGUUUCAUCCUCCACCAGCAUCCAUUUUAUCUGCAGACUCUGCUUCAAGCUAUGAUAUCAUAUCAUACUUCAUUUCUAGAUUAUCACUGGGAGAUGCAUGUAGCCUUGCUUACUGCUUGAGAAAUGAGUUUCUUGCGCUUGUAAACAACAGUAAUGUGAAUUCUGAAAGAAGGGGUGAACAACAAUUUUUGGCAGUUGUGGAAGAGUUCAUUGAUAAAGCGAAGAAACUAGAGAAUGACUUCCAAAGAUUGGACAAGACAGCAUCAGUUGUAGACAUAAGAGCAGAGUUUCAAGAGUUGGAAAGGUUUGCUGUCAUUAAUCGUUUUGCCAAAUUUCAUGUUCGGGGACAAAUAGAUGCUUCUGGAACCUCAACUUCUGGUUCUCUGAAGCCACUUCCGCAGAGACACAUCACAGCAUUUCCUAUGCCUCGAAAUCUACCUGAGGGGGUACAAUGUCUUUCACUGUGACUAUCAACCAUUUAUCACAAACUGACUCUUCUCUUCUUCUGCAUUCUGCAUUCCAUAGUGUUACCUGUGCCCUUACCGACAUGACUUUGUUAACUUGAAACACUGGCAUGCGAGGAGUGAUGCAAAAUGAAAUGGACAGAUCAACUCCAAGUAACCAAGGCCGCAUAUUCAUUUGGAAUUAAGGUCAUUGAUUGUCAUUUUUGAGAAAGUAUAUAUUGUUUCUUGUAUAUGUUAAUGAAAUUCCAAGGAGAAUAGGGAGUAUUCAAAUUAACUUUUUAUAGAGCAAGAGGAUCAGUAGCGUGGAUGUUCUCUAGUGUUUGUUACAUAAAUUAGUUAAAUUUAGCUUUUAUAUAAUCUGUGGCUGCAUUUGUUUAGCAA